GCCACAGCAAGCAUUACUGCAGUAGCCUGCCAGAAACUUUACAUCAAGGAAGAGCCACCAGAAAAUCCGGACUAUGGAAAGCUCUUUGAUCCAAAGAUCCCACUGGUGGCUUUACAGGGGAGACAGCUUAAAAAGGAAGAAGAUGCUGAUGGGCAGCAUGAACGGGAAGUCCCCAUAGCCAGUAACCGGAUGCUCCAUGUGAAGGAAGAGCCACAGGAAAGCACUGAGUUUGGGAUGUAUUAUGGGCAGAAGCCAAACUUCAGUGCUAUCGAGAGGAUCCAAAUUAAAGAGGAACCUGGUGUGGAGGCCAGCCACCAGGAGAGCCAGAGCCCGAAGAGGAAGCAGAAGAAAUGCUAUCAGCCCACCAAAGAGGGGAUGUUGGACAACCAGGAGAAAUCCAGGUCCAAGAAAGAUCCCUCAGCAAAAGGAGCUCCCAAGGGUGAACGGAUAUUCCCCUGUCCCGAAUGUGGGAAGAGUUUCAAUCAGAAAUCAAACCUGACCAGACACAGGAAGAUUCACACGAGCGAGGGGCCAUACAAGUGCAGCGAGUGCGGGGAGAGCUUCCGCAUGAACCGCAAGCUGAUCCGCCACCAGCGAGUCCACAUGAGCGAGCCCUUCAAGUGCACCGAGUGUGGGAAGAGCUUCACCCAGCGGUCCAAUCUGGUUCGGCAUCAGAGGAUUCACACCAAGGAGGAGCCCUACCAGUGCCCUGAGUGCGAGAAGACCUUCAACCAGAAGGCCAACCUCUUCCGGCACCAAACAAUCCACGUCCGCAUGGGGCCUUGCAAGUGCACCAAGUGUGGGAAGUGCUUCCCUCAGAAGCGUCAUCUCAUUAAACACCAGCUGCUCCAUUCCCGAGGUGGGGCCUACAAGUGCGGGGUCUGUGAGAAGCGCUACCGGCUGAAGAAGUACCUGAGGAGGCACCAGAAAAUCCACGCACGGGAAGGAACUGCUCCCUGUGCAAAACGGGGGGAGGCCACAAGGACCAGCAGUGGACUCCACCACACUGAGCAGACAGCUCUGGCCCCCAUGAAGAGCGAAGAGGAGAGCAACCAGGUGGUGGAACAGCCAGCCAUGAUGACGCUGGAGCUCUUGGAGGUAGAGAAUUUUCUCAGCCACGCUUGGGAGAAGUCGUACACUUGCACGAUUUGUGGGGACAGUUUUAAGCACAAGGACAUCCUGGCAACCCACCAGAAAUCCCAUAAGGAGGAGAAGCCCCAUGCCUGCACCGAGUGCGGGAAGAGCUUCAAGAUGAAGGUGGACCUUACCAAGCACCUCCGGACUCACACAGGCGAGAGACCGUUCCCCUGCACCGACUGCAGCAAAAGGUUCAUCACCAAAUCACAACUCAAGGAGCACCAGAGGAUCCACACGGGCGAGCGGCCGUACAGGUGCCUGGACUGUGGGAAGAACUUCACCCAGAAGUCGCAGCUCAUCGUGCAUCGCCGGAUCCACACAGGUGAGAAGCCCUACCAGUGCAGCAGCUGCCAGAAGAGCUUCGUGGACAAGUCACAGCUGGUGGCCCACCACCGGAUCCACACGGGCGACCGUCCCUUCAAGUGCAGGGUGUGCGGCCAUGGCUUCCACCAGAAGAUCACCCUCGUCAAGCACCAGCGGGUCCACAGCGCCAAGGGGGCCCAGCGGGAUGCUGCCAGGGCCAUCGUGGCUGAAUCCACUCUGGCGGGGGAGAAGAUCUUCCGCUGCGGCACCUGCGGGAAGGAGUUUAAGAAGAAGUCAGUGCUGGUGACCCACCAGAGGAUUCACACUGGGGAGGAGCCCUACUCCUGCCCCGUGUGCGGGCGGUGCUUCCAGCAGAAGAUCCACCUCGCCCGGCAUCAGCGAACCCAUGAGCGGCCCAAUGCCCACGUCUGUGGAGCCUGUGGGGACCACUUUGGCAGCAAGAGGGAGAUGCUACGGCACCACCAGGGCCACCAUCCCCAUCAGGCCCCCCACACCUGCACCACCUGUGGAAAGCGCUUCAGCCAGAAGGUCGGCCUCAUGGCCCACUGCCGUGUCCAUGCACGGGAGAAGGAGAUCUCCAGUGCCGCAGGGGGUGGGCAGCCCCCCACCACCCUCAGUGGUACCCACGCCUGUGGGCAGUGUGGGAAGACAUUCACCAAGAAGGGCAACCUGACCAACCACCAGCGGGCUCAUGCCGAGGGCCAGGGUCACCGCUGCGGGGCUUGCGGCAAAGGCUUCACCAAACGGGGGGAGCUGACCAAGCAUGAGCGGACCCACACCGGGGAGAAGCCCUACGGGUGUGGGCAAUGCGGCAAGCGCUUCGCCCAGCGCACCCAGCUGGUGACCCACCAGCGCGUCCACACCGGCGAGCGGCCCUACCCCUGUGGUGACUGUGGCAAGCGCUUCGGCGAUAAGUCACGCCUCACCGUCCACCGGCGCAUCCACACCGGUGACCGGCCCUUCCCCUGCCCCACCUGCGGCAAGGGCUUCCGCCAGAAGAUCGCCUUGGUCAAGCACCGCCGCGUCCACGUUGGUGAGCGGCCCUUCUCCUGCAGCGAGUGUGGGAAGAGCUUUGCCCAGAAGGCUCAGCUGGCAGUCCACCACCGCAUCCACACCGGGGAGCGCCCCUUCCCCUGCGCCGACUGCCCCAAAGCCUUCAUCGACAAGUCCCGCCUCGUCGUCCACCGCCGCACCCACACUGGUGAGCGCCCCUUCCCCUGUGCUGCCUGCGGCCGAGCCUUCACCCAGAAGGUUGCCCUCACCACCCACCAGCGAGUCCACACGCGGGAGCACCAGCCACCGCUGGCCCCAGUUCCCCUCGGACCCCGGGGUGAGGAGUGGCCCUUCACUUGUGCCAUCUGUGGGAGAGGUUUCCGCAAGGAGAUCGCCCUCAUCACCCACCGGCGGGUCCACACCAAGUAUGAGCCCAACCGCUGCAGCAAGUGUGGGCAGGUCUUCCCCGACAGGGCCCAGCUCCGGCUCCACCAGCCUUCCCAUGCUGAGGACCGGCCAUUCAAGUGUGCCACGUGCGGGAAGGACUUCAAGAGGAAGGAGAUCUUGAUUACCCACCAGCGGGUCCACACGGGAGAGGCGCCCUUCCAGUGCUCCCUGUGCAGCAAAAGCUUCUCACAGAAGGCCAACCUCAUGAAGCACCAGCUCACUCACACCCGCCGGGGCCCGUUUAUCUGCUCUGACUGUGGGCAAAGCUACACCACCAUUGGACAUUUCAAGAGGCACCAGAGGAACCACCUCAAGAAGCAAAGCCCUCCUGGUGAGAGAGAAGAACCCCCUGAGGUCCUGGUGACUGUCCAUGUGCCACCAGAGCCAGCGGGUGACCACAGCAGCCCCAUCAUUGUGGUGAAGACAGAGGCUGAUGCUGGUGACUACGAGGUCCUACAGGUCCCAUGA